AUUCUUAUCCACAGAGAGGAGGAUGUGGAGAAAGCGUUUCUGGUGGAACGGGGAGUUGUGAUGUGAUUUCGCGUGGAGAAACCAAGAAACCAGGCUUGAGCUUUCCGACAUCAACAUCCGCUCAAGCAGCAUUAGAACUUCAACAGCAACCUACGCAUACACUCCUUGGUCAGCUUGCAGGCACUAUACAGCGUUUGCCACACGACACACACAUAUUCGCCAUCUGUAAUUCCCUUCAUAAAAGCAUAAUGAACCGCCUCACACCAUCCCUCCGCCAUAUCCGCCUCGUCGCACCACGGCCGAUAACCCCGAUAUCAACCCGGCUAUGUCCUCCACGGAGUCUAGGGACGGUGGCGGGGUGCCGGGGGUUUGCGUGCGGGGUGGGGAUGCAGAGGGAUGUGAUACUGAGUCUGCACAUACGGUCGAAUGCGCAUUCGAAUGGGGAUGGGGGGGCGAGGAGAAUCCCGACGAGGGGUCUCGCAUCAUCCCCAGGGACCCAAAGCAGCGAUCCAUCACCAUCACGCUCCCCGGACCCAGCAUCAGUGACCCCCGACGACCGGAUGGUGAUCCAGCCGAUUGGGGCGGAUGCGACCUAUUUGGAUGUUUUCUUCCCGGAGGGGGCGGACGAGGUGGGGGGGAGGGAAGCGAGGAAGUGGCGGUUUGAUGUAGAUGAGGCGGGGUUGAAGAAACGGUUCCUGGAGUUGCAGAGGGUCGUGCAUCCGGAUGGGUUUGCGGGCAAGUCGAAGACAGAACGCCUCUGCGCGGCCCAACAAUCCACCUUCAUCAACAAAGCCUACCAAACCCUCCGCGACCCGCUCGCGCGCGCCAAAUACCUCCUGUCCCUCCACGGCAUCGCCGUCGACUCCGAAGCCGCUGGAUCCGAGCCGCAGAUCGACGACCCGGAGGUGCUGAUGGCGGUGAUGGAGGCGAGGGAGGAGAUCGAGGAGGCGCGCGGGGAGGACGAGCUGCGGGGCAUCCAAGCGGAGAAUGAGGAACGGAUAAAAACGACCUUGAGGGAGAUUGAAGCGGCGUUUGCGAAACGGGAUUUGAACGCUGCGGCCCAAGCGACCACCCGGCUAAGGUACUGGCGGAAUAUCAGGACCGCGAUCGAGGAGUGGACGCCCGGGGGCCGGGUUGAGAUCAGGCAUUAGAUGAGGAGAGGAUUUGGCAUCGGACUCCCCUUACGAAGCCUGCCGCCUCUGCCCCGUCUCCUCGCCAUAGCACCAUAAUGAUCAGCGGAACCACAUCUUACAUCGAGUAGGCUAGCUCCAUCACAUUCACACGUAGCAACACGGUUCAAUGUACAUACAUUUACAUUUAGGCAUAUAUAGAUGGAAAACGCAACCCUUUGUAUCCGG